AAGUGGAAAAUUGAAUACAUACUUCAGUACUAAUUUACAUUCUAGUGGUGAAUAAUAAUUAUCGCCAAAGGUUUCUCAGAAACAACAGAACAGAUACACAAAUUUAUAUACUCCCAUAAAGAAAUGCGUUUGGAUAGAUAACCUUGUACAGCAAAACAAGUGGCUUGAAGGUUGCCAGUUGGAAACUCCACAUUUUCACGUAAACAACACGACAAGAAAGUCGCCACAAUGGAUACUCAAUGGUGGGUUAAUGAUGACGUCUAUUGCCAACCUUUGACGACAGACUACCUGGAAGAAGCCACCAAAAUGUUAGAAAUCUCAUUUUACCCUGAAGAAAAUGUUUCCAUGGCUUUCGGUAUUUCCGAAGAUCCCCAAGCUGUUCGCGAACUUAGUGACAUGACUAACGAAAUUGCCAAAGAUGGAAUCAGUGUCAUAGCGAUUGAUAAAAACACCAACAAAGUUGUAGGAACCGUGUUUAAUAAAAUACAGGUGAAGAAUGAUCCCAUCUUUAACAAUUUUGCAAAAUCUUGGAAGAGUCCCCGGUCUAAAGCUCUCGUCGAACUUAUGGCUGAAAUCGACAGCCUCUUCAAUCUCUUUGAGUACUACCAGACCGAUUGUCUUUUAGAGUUGAUGUUUUUGGGAACUGCGACUGAGUAUAGAGGGAAAGGUAUAGCCAAGAAGCUGAGCGAACUUACUUUGGAAAUUGGUACCAAUUUGGCGAAGGGUGUCAAUGUUAGGAAGUCGCUUGAUGGUACCGAGAUGCCGCUGGGACCCAGACCUAAAGUUAUUUGUUCUACUUUCGCAACUAUAGCGACACAGAAAAUUGGAAGACACUUGGGGUUUGAAAUCGGUGCUGAAAAACUUUACAGCGAGAUGGAGUUUCAAGGGACGAAGUUUUCGGAUGUUAUUACUAAUGGUACCACCAAGAUCACGUUGGAAUAUAAGAAGCUAUAAAUCAGUUUUGUAGUGGCAAUAAUUUUGUUUAUUUUUAAAAUGUUUUAUUUAUAAAUAUAUUUAUUAAUAAAUUUGUUUAUAAAUUGA